AGAGAAGAGGCCAACCUGAGGUGCCCGCCGGCUUUUGCUUCAGCAGUUAGUCUGCAGCGAACUUGCGACCGAAGACACCGCAGCAAUUUGCACAACACACAAAUCACCAUGGCCAACAACAGAGCAGCCAAGUCUGGAUUCGCCGCCGAGGCCCAGAGGAAGAUUAACAGCAAAUACAGUGAAGAGCUGGCCCAGGAGUGCCUUGAAUGGGUCAAGCAGAUCGUCGAGGAGGAUUUCAGCACCUCAGGCGAAAUGGACAACUUCUACGAGGUCUUCAAAAAUGGCACCAGGCUGUGCAGAUUGGCCAACAAACUGAAGCCCGGCUCAGUGAAGAAAAUCAAUGAGUCGCAGAUGGCCUUCAAGUGCAUGGAGAACAUCAACGCCUUCCUGGACGUUGCCCGCACCCUGGGCGUGCCGGCGCAAGAGACCUUCCAGACCGUUGACCUUUGGGAAAGGCAGAACCUCAACUCAGUGGUCAUCUGCUUGCAGUCGCUGGGUCGCAAGGUAUCUGCUGGAAACUAUGGACUUCCUGGCAUUGGACCCAAGGAAGCUGACAAGAAUGUGCGCCAAUUCACUGAUGAACAGCUCAGAGCUGGACAGGGCGUGAUCAGUCUGCAGUACGGAAGCAACAAGGGUGCCACCCAGAGCGGCAUCAACUUUGGCAACACAAGACACAUGUAAAUUUCCGCACUCGGCGGGUCGUGCGCGCACAAGCUGUAACUUAUUUUUGUCUGCGGUCAGCAGAAGGAACGUGAACAAAAGCAACAAUUCCUCUCUUGUUUCCCUUUCUCUUUUUCCCUUUUCUGUUUUUGUAUGCCCGAAAGAGCUCUUCCACAUUUAGAAUAAACGCGAAUGUAAAAUUUUAAGGUGUUAAACAAUAUAUAUUUGGAGUAAGA